AUGGGAGUAUUCAUCCGACAAAGCAGGCAGAGUGCACCAGCCCCGAGGCCUGAGUCAUGCCCAGGAGAAGCUGUCACCCAGAGGGACCUGGAGAAGCAGCAGGCUGAUUCUUGGUGGCCCGAGGGAUGGAACGAGGGCGUCGGGUCGGAGCAUCUGGAAGGAGCCACCCGGCGCACUGGGCUCCUUUUUCAAGAAUCCGCUCUCCCGUUCAGGGAAACCAGGAAAGGAGCAAGGUCCACCGUCCAGGUCAGGAGGAAUUGUACAUCCUCUCCAACUACGGAGUCCCAGGCGUGCUGUGGAGCUGCUGGGGAGAUGUCGGCUUGGACCAUGGGCGCCCGCAGUCUGGACAAGCGAGGAAGUUUCUUUAAGCUCAUUGACACGAUUGCCUCGGAGAUCGGAGAACUGAAACAGGAGAUGGUGCAGACAGAUGUCAGCCUGGAGAAUGGCCUGGGACCCAGCGAAACCCACAGCAUGGUAAGACACCAGGACAGUGGCCGCUCCGAGGAGAAGGAUGUGAAGCCCUGUCCCCGCGACUCCGGCUACGACAGCCUCUCCAACAGGCUCAGCGUCCUGGACCGGCUCCUGCACACCCACCCCAUCUGGCUGCAGCUGAGUCUCAGCGAGGAGGAGGCCGCGCAAGUCCUACGGCCGCAGCCUCCGGGGAUCUUCCUGGUUCGUAAAUCCACGAAAAUGCAGAAGAAAGUCCUCUCCCUUCGCCUGCCCUGUGAAUUUGGAGCCCCGCUCAAGGAGUUCACCAUAAGGGAAAGCACAUACACCUUUUCCCUGGAAGGCUCGGGAAUCAGUUUUGCAGAUUUAUUCCGGCUCAUUGCUUUCUACUGCAUCAGCAGGGACGUUCUCCCGUUCACGUUGAAGUUGCCUUACGCCAUCGCAACAGCCAAGACGGAGGCCCAGCUCGAAGAGUUAGCCCAGCUGGGACUAAAUUUUUGGAGCUCUCCAGCUGACAACAACCCCCCAAACCCUCCACCUCCCCAUAGGCCUCUCUGCUCAGACGGUGCCGCUCCAGCCUCCCGCCAGCUCUGCCUUAUAAAUGGAGUGCAUUCUAUAAAAACGAGGACGCCUUCGGAGCUGGAGUGCAGCCAGACCAACGGAGCCCUGUGCUUCAUUAAUCCUCUCUUCUUGAAAGUGCACAGUCAGGACCUCAGCGGAGGCCCGCGGCGGCCCUGCACCCGGACUCCCAGCGCGAAUGGCACCGAGAGGCCCCGGUCCCCCCCACCCAGGCCCCCGCCGCCCACUAUUAAUAGUCUGCACGCCAGCCCUCAGCUGUCCAGGACCGCGGCCCCGGCGAGCAUGCCGGAAACGGCCACCCAUCACCAACAUGGGAACGUAGCUCUCCUUGGAGCGAAACCAACCCCCGUGCCUCCACCCCGGCUGAAGAAGCAGGCUUCUUUUCUCGAGGCAGAGGGCAGCGCCAAGACCUUGACCGGCAGCCGGCCUCGCCCGGAGCCCGCGGCCGGCCCCGCGGGCAGCGCAGGUGGAGCCUGGACAGCAGGGGAGGAGGAGGAGGAGGCGAGCCUGCCUCUUGGGGAGACCCGCUCAGACCCCAAACCUACAGGAGCAGCUUCCUCUGGGAGCGCCCGGGGGCGAGCCAGGCGGGCGCUGAUGUCAGCCCUGCGCUAUGUGGCUUCAGCGCCAACCAGCCCACGGAGAUGGGGCUCCUCCCCGGGGAAGGAGCCUUCCCUGCCUUCCCCGCUGGUGCUGGGAGCGCCAGCCCGAGUGCUGGCCCAGGAAGCUCCUGCCAGCUUCUUUGCGGAUGUGGUGUUGGAGAAAGCCAUGCACAAGUGCAUCUUGAAGCCUCUGAAGGGCCACGUCGAGGCCAUGCUGAAGGACUUCCACGUGGCUGACGGCUCAUGGAAACAGCUCAAGGAGAACCUGCAGCUGGUGCGGCAGAGGAACCCCCAGGAGCUGGGCGUCUUCGCCCCCACCCCUGACUUGGUGGAUGUGGAGAAAAUCAAAGUCAAGUUCAUGACCAUGCAGAAGAUGUAUUCGCCAGAAAAGAAAGUCAUGCUGCUGCUGCGGGUCUGCAAGCUCAUCUACACCGUCAUGGAGAACAACUCAGGGAGGAUGUACGGAGCUGACGACUUUCUGCCGGUCCUGACCUACGUCAUAGCUCAGUGCGACAUGCUGGAGCUGGACGCCGAGGUUGAGUACAUGAUGGAGCUCCUGGACCCAUCGCUGCUCCACGGGGAAGGAGGCUAUUACUUGACGAGCACCUACGGGGCACUUUCUCUGAUAAAGAAUUUCCAAGAAGAACAAGCGGCAAGGCUGCUCAGCUCAGAGGCCAGGGACACCCUGAGGCAGUGGCACAAGCGGAGGACCACCAACCGGACCAUCCCCUCGGUGGACGACUUUCAGAACUACCUCCGGGUUGCAUUCCAGGAGGUCAACAGUGGCUGCACAGGAAAGACCCUGCUGGUGAGGCCUUAUGUCACCACUGAGGACGUGUGUCAGCUCUGUGCCGAGAAGUUCAAGGUGGGGGACCCCGAGGCAUACAGCCUCUUCCUCUUCGUGGACGAAACAUGGCAGCAGCUGGCAGAGGACACGUACCCUCAGAAAAUCAAGGCUGAGCUGCACAGCCGACCACAGCCCCACGUCUUCCACUUUGUCUACAAGCGCGUCAGGAGAGACCCCUACGGCGUCAUCUUCCGGAAUGGGGAGGAAGAGCUCACCGCCUCCUAGGAGACACGCGGGAUUUCCCAGCGGUGCAUCCGAAAGGGGGUUGGGAACCUGGCCUUCUGACUGCCCCAUGCUUGGGAAAGCCACCUCCUUGGGGAGCCCUCGGUUCAGUGACUAAGCCAUUCACAGGCCGAUUCGGCCAAGGGCACCUUUUGUCAGUCCCCCAAGCAGGGUAGUUGAGGUUCCUGAAACAGUAGGAUCCGUCCUUCAGAGAUGGAGAAUUGCAUUUGGCAGUUCAGGUGUCCCGAGAUCACUGGCUGCCGACCCCAGCCGGGUUCCAGGUCGGCUCACGUGUGUGUGUGCGCGCACGGAAUGGACACGUCCAGGGCAGGCGCUCCUCUGAGGGCAGCAGCAGGAGUUUGGGAGACCGUCCGACGCCGCACAUCAGGGACUUCUCAGUUCUGUGGACACCUCUGUUCUUUCCUUUUUCCUUUUUUUUCUUUCUUUCUUUUUUUUUUUUUUACAAAGAGCCUUUGUGUUUUUAUAUAUUUCAUAGAAAUUUUUAUAGCAGUUGCAGGUAAACUGUCAGGGUUGGUUUUUAAAAUAUUUUUGUAACUUUAAGAUAUUCUAUAAUUAUGCAUGUGAUUUUAACAUUUAAUAUGCAAAAAAAAAGGAAUCUCUUGCUGGAUUUGAGAGUAUUGUGUCUUUAAAGUCUCUCUCCUGUAACUGGAUGUUGCAGUCACUUUGUGGGGAGAGAUGGCUGGGUUUCUUAAAGCGCUGUAUGGCUGACACUGGCCACCGAAUGCCUUUGGAAAUCUGACGUUCUGUUGUUACCUUGUUCACGCUUCAUGGUGUUGCCCUGUUUUGUCUUUUAACCAAGUGGUGCUGAGGAUCAGGAGAGAAAUGAAUGUAGAGAGAGGUCGAGAGGGAAAUACAGACUAACAACGAACUAAGGCGUGGAGCCUGCUGGUCCAGGCUCCUGCAGGGAAGCGGGGCGAGGAGUAGAAGGAGCCACCUACGCUGAAGACACUGUAAAGACGCAGUGAGACCUGCAGAGUCUGUCCCGUGUUACUUGCUUCUGUAAGCAAUUUUGAAAACCUCACGAGGGGAAAAAACAUAUAAGAGCAACACUUUUUUUGUUACCCUUUUCCACAUAAAUCAAAACUACCAGCAUCCAGUAUGAGAGAGAAGAUAAACGAACCGGUCCACCGGAGCCUCCUGCAGGGAGAAAAAAAAAAAACUAACAGCAUCAAAUAAUUUUGGGCAGAAACCAAGUCUUGUGUAAUGUGACUUUCACUGAGUUAAAGAAACACCAUUUGGAAAGGAGUUUGCAGAUGCACCAAAAGGCACAUUUAUGUUGUAAGAACGUGCAGUGAAGUUAAAUCUCUGUUUGGGGGCACACAAAGGAUGAGAGCCUUGUACCAAUGUAAUGGGUGGAAGUCACACAGACACGUUCCUGUGCUGUGGAAGGAUGCCCAGGCGUCUCAUGCGGUUGGCUUUGUACCCUUGUACUUUUUAAAGCUUUUGCUGUACACCUGGAACCCUCAGCACGUACCGUGCUGUUCUUCCUUUUGUAAAUGAUUUUUUAAAUGGAAUUUUGCACAUAAUACAGUGUAAUACCGUACGAUAAUCAUGUGUGAAAAUAAUUCUUGAAACCUUC